UCCACAAUCCUUUGCGGUAGUUCAAGAUGGCGGCGCCCAAUGGCACGGUGAGCGAUUCGGAAAGCAGUAGUAGCAGUAGCGAUGCGGAGGAGCUGGCGCGGUGCCGCGAGGCAGCAAUGCCGGCCUGGGGCUUGGAGCAACGGCCGCACGGGGCAGUGAAGCCAAGAGCCGGUGCAACAAAUAACCAGUCGUCACCCUCCCAGCCGAGCCUCAGGCCUAAGGUGGAUGAGCACGAACAAGACGGCAACGAGCUUCAGACCACCCCCGAAUUCCGAGCCCACGUAGCCAAGAAGCUGGGAGCCCUGCUGGACAGCUUCAUUACCAUCUCAGAAGUAGCAAAGGAGCCAGCAAAAGCUCAGGUACAGAAAGUCGCUUCAGAGGAUGAUGGUUUCCGCCUUUUCUUCACGUCUGUCCCUGGAGGCCGAGAGAAGGAAGAGUCGCCCCAACCCCGCCGAAAGCGCCCGCCCUCCAGCUCCAGCAGUGAGGACAGCGACGAGGAGCGGCGGCGGUGCCAGGAGGCAGCUGUGUCGGCGUGGGACGUCCUGCAGGAGUCAGCCAUCCACGGCGCUGGCACGGUGGAGAAGGAGGCAAAGAAGAAAAGGAAGUCGAAAAAGAAAGCCAAGGAGGUGGCGGUAGUCGCCACCACCGCCCCCAGCGCGGCCACGGUCCAGAAGCAGAAGUCAGGUGAACUCACCAGGGACCAGGUGUCGCCCGGAACCAAAAAGAAGAAAAAGAAGAAAAAGGCAAAGAAGGCCAGUGAGACCUCUCCAUUCCCACCAGCGAAGAGGGCCACAGUGGUGCCUGCAAACUGAACCAGCUGUGGGCACAGCGGUGCCUGCAAACUGAAUCCAGCUGCGGGCACAGGGCUCGGCUCCAACGACCGGGUGCCCCGGGGACAAGGCAUUUCCAGGCCCCACCUCCCUCUCCAAGUUCAAGGACUGGGCUGGCGAGUCUAGACUGCCCAUAAGACCCUGAUGGUGAUGAGGGCUUGCCCAAGAGUCGGGCCAAAAAAGUGGCUGUGGGUGAGAAGCCCAAGCAUGGCCGGCCCGUCUGUGUGCCCAUGGGGGGCUGGGGGCCGGCGGUUCCAGAACAUUGCAUGGCCUCAGGAAAAGGAGCCUUCCAGUUAUUUGAGACCUGUGGCCAAGUGGUGAAACCUCCAUCUCCCUAGAACUGUCCGAGGUGGGCAGGGGAAGGGAGACCUCCUCCCCCACCACCUCCUUAGCCUGGCGGGAGAAACCAUUUUUAGAAAAUGAGAGAAGUGAUCCCAAGAUGCCCAGGCCCAGAGAAACCUGUUCUCCCUUAGCCCACACAGACUUCACAGAAGCGUCUGAGAAAGGAAAGAUUUUUUUCACCCCUGGCUUUCUAGAAUUUCCUUUGUCUGCAUUUGUGAAUAUACCACACAUGAUGGUGUCUCUGAGCCAACCAGAUUAUGGAAGCUCAAUUGUCAGGGGACCCAAACAAAACUGAGAGUGAGCUGGGUAUUGCCUCUGUCAGUGCUGAACCUUAAGAUGCUUUGAAUAGCCGGGCGCGGUGGCUCACACCUGUAAUCCCAGCACUUUGGGAG